UUCAAUACUGUCAAGUGUCACAAUGUCACAACUACAAAUUUUAAUGUUUUGUUCUGCAAAUCUGCAUAUUUGUUACUUGCAUGUAAAUAAACAAAUCUAAAUGCUUUUAUUUGCUGUAAAUUCUCUUAAUAUCUACAAUGGAUAAAUACGACACGUCUCAGCUAACUGAAUUUCCUCGAUUUGAGCCCGAAUCCACCCAGAGUGGUGUGUCAACGUUUUUCAAUAAACUAUUAAAGUUUCCGAUAUUCUCGCCUAGUGAGGCUAGUGAAGUGCCCCAAGAUAAAAAUGCUGCUGAUAAUAGAGAUUUAACCGCGUCUGCAGAACAAAUUAAACAUGAAUAUGACGAUAAUAAGGCGGAAACUGGGUCAUAUGCUCUCGAGUUGGAGGGGCGUAGUCUUCCUAAUGUGUUGAGAAGAAUAACAAGUUUAGUAGCCCUGGGAUCUGGUAACGGCACAAGAUAUGCAGACACUGAACUAGCCCGAUACUGGAUGCCAGAUGAUAUUUCUCGUGAAUGCUAUGAGUGUGCAACCAGAUUCAGUGCUUUGAGAAGACGCCACCAUUGCAGAGUCUGUGGACAGAUCUUUUGCUCCAGGUGCUGCAGUCAAAGAGUUCCAGGCCAUAUAUUCGGAUGUGCUGGUGGUCUCCGAGUUUGUAACUACUGUUGUAACGUUGUGCUCAGCUAUUUGAAAGAGAAUGAUCUCACUGGAGAUAUAUCACCUGAUUUGAGAACACUGCAGGAAAAUCUGCAGAUGAAGUUCCCAGAACACAAAGGGCAGCAGUUGAACAAGACCCGUGAACAUUUCAUGUUCUCUCACGAGCAGGAGGAACGUACGGAACCACGUACAACUCAGAAGGAGUCCUUGCAUGAUAUAUUCAGGCAAUUAUCUUUUACGUUGCCUACACAACAACAUCGAUAUCGAUUAGUACGCUACAACGGAGUGUGGCGCGGAUGCGACAUAAUGCAAUGGAUUAUGGACAACACCAGUAAUAAAACGAGAGCCCAGGCGACGAGCGUGUGCCAGGCGCUGCUGAGUGCGGGCUACGUGCAGGGCGCGACUCCCGACCCUCACUUUGCAGACUACGCGCUGUACCGGCCGCUGGCCGAACUACCGACCCUCGCCCACGACCAGCCCCCGGCUGAAGAAUGCACUCGAAUCGUUGAGAGCGUGUCGUCUUACUGCCUGGAUCUAAAUCUAGACGACAGCUCGGCCCGGCUCAUCAAAACAAAUAAAGCAGAACAACGGGCGCCUUCUUCGAGCGAAGACGAAACUCCAGCUGUUGAACACAAUGAAGAGUACAAUGAAUCGAGUAACGUAUGUCGCGCGAUUUGGUGCUCCGGCGAGGAACACCUCCGACUGCUGCUGCGGCAGUGCGCGGCGCGGCGCGGCCUCUCCGCGGCCUGGCUGCACGUGCUGCUGCCCCUGUGCCAACGAGCCGCCGACCUCAUCAAUUUAGAUGUCCACGCGACCGAUAUUGACGUGCGAAAUUACGUUCAAGUUAAAAAAGUCCCCGGCGGUACAAUACAGGAUAGUUGCGUCAUCCAUGGCGUUGUCAUGACGAAGAAUGUUGCGCUCAGAGGCAUGCCCCGGCAAAUGUCUAACCCUUCGAUACUGCUACUGGACUGCUCUAUCGCAUAUCAGAGGGUUGAAGGGAAGCUGACCACAUUAGAACCGGUGCUGUUGCAAGAGAGCGAGUAUCUGUCGCGGUGCGCGGCGCGCGUUGUGGCGCUGGGCGCGGGCGUGGUGCUGAGCCGCGGCUCGGUGUCGCGCGGCGUGCAGGAGGCGCUGCGGGCGGCGGGGCUGGCCGUGGCGGGCUCGCUGCGCCCCUCCGCGCUGCGCCGCGCCGCCCGGGCCGCGCGCGCCGACGUGCUCGCCUCCAUCGACGCCAGGAUCGGCACCCCGCGCCUCGGGACCUGCCACAACUUUUACGUCAAAAAUUAUUCCGGAAAAACCCUGAUGGUGCUCGAGGGAUGCGCCGAGCCGAACCUGGGCUGCUGCAUACUGUUGCGGGGCGCUUCCGUUCAAGAACUUAUCCGCGUCAAAAAAGUGGUAAAGUUCAUGCUCCUGGCGUGCUACAACUGGAAACUGGAGAGGGCCUUCCUCGGAGACAUAGAGGCCGUACUACCCGAGCCCGGCAUGACCUUCGACGACGACAAGGACAACGUCGAGGGCCACGCCGGGGCGGGCGAGGACCGGGAGUCGAAGGGUCAAAGCGAGGCCGACAUCUUCGACUUGAACAACAUGAACAAAGUCAUGGAGUCCGUGUCCCAUCUCAAAGCGGACGUCAGAACGAACGGAGACCUCGCCGACGACGAGGCGUCAAACGGGAGUCCGAACAGCGACUCGAACAACGACGACCUGUUCUCUUGCACGAACAAAACUAGCUCGGACCGCAAGCCGACGGCUGGCGACGCGCGUCAGCCGGCUGACGACCCGCUGCAGCAGCCGAGGCAGGCGCGGAAGGCCGACAGCGACAAGAACCCCAGCUGCGGCGUGCCUAUCCGAGACUUCAGCGACCCGCUCAGGGCCACGCUGUCGGCGGACGACGACGUGUUCCUGCCCCGCGAGGAGCAGCUCAAGGCAGACUCGCACACCGACAGAUGGUCGACUGAUGACGUGGUCCUGUCGAUGUCUCCCAACAUGGUCAUACCAGCCCCGUACGAGGAGACGGAGGCCGGUCGCCGCAGCAAGGUCAGGAUGUACUUCCCUCCGCCCCCACGCGCGUGCCGCCCCUCCCGCGCGCCCGCCACUCCGCGUCCCGCGCACAGGGACGUCGCUGCCGCUCCGCUCACGCCGGUUGUCAAGGAAGCCCACCCGUUUAUCCGGGAAGCUAUAAGGUCGACCGUAGACGACCCCGCGGUAAGGAGGAGCCUGGCUCACUACCGUGCCACGGGUGGCCGCCUCGCCUCGAACGGACACCACUCCUCGUGUCCGCUGCGUCGGCCGUCCGUGGUCAAGGAGCCGCCCCGGGAGCCCGAGCCGGACGGGAAGCAGGCGGAGGACGACGCGCACGACCCCUUCGCCCCCGAGAACCACCAGCGGCUGAGCCUGCUGCUGUACAGCUACAGCAACAAGUCCGCGAACGUGCCGGACUUCUGUGUGAACCCUUGGAUAGUGACGAUGGAAAUGUAUGGGCGACACGACAUAUCAUUGGGCGCCUUCCUCGACAAGUAUUGCUUCAACGGGGACUACAAGUGCACCUCCAACACUUGUCAAGUGCCCAUGAACCAGCACGUCAGGAGGUUCGUCCACGGCGACGUGUGCAUCACCAUCACCUGCAACACCAUCGGACACAGCAACGUGGACAAGGCGCGGCCGCAACACGCCAAGCAGGUGAUGUUCUGGUCGCGCUGCGAGCGCUGCGGGUGCGCGGGCGCGGCGCGGCGGCUGUCGGCUCGCGCGGCGUGCGUGUCGCUGGCGGGCUACGUGCGCGCUCGCAGCCUGUGCCCGCGCUACGUGCGCGCGCGGACGUGCCCGCACCCGCUGCACGCGCACGCGCACGCCUUCGUCAGCAACCUCACCACGGCGUACUUCAGGUUCAGCAAAAUAACGGCGUACGACAUCCAACUACCCCCUGAAGAGAUUUCAAUCAACUACGACGUCAAACAAAUGAGGGAAGAUCUCAUAAUUCAACUGAACGAACUCAUGCUUAAAGGUCACGAGACGUUCAGUAGCAUCUCCGACCCUGAAGCGGAUAAGGAGUUCCAGGCCUUCAAGCAACACACCGAUCAGAUACAUCUGGCGUUGACGUCGUCCAGCAUCCACGAGACGGACUCGCUGAGGGAUGCCGUCCGCCGGCUGUGGAGUGUGUCCGAUUCGAUUAUCUUUGGCGAGAAGAUGCUGCGCGACGCCCAGGACAAGUGGUCCACUCCCGGAAAGAACACGAAGCCCGUACAGGAGACUGCUGCUGAAGAUAAAUCUGAUGUCGAAGAUUCGUCCGGCGAUAACGGCACCACGUAUGUGUUUUCCACAGACAACUCGAGCCGGGAGCUGGACAAGGAGCACGGCGGUGGCGACGAGGACGAGGAGCGCGGCGACAAGAAGACGGCGCGGCAGAUUCUGUCGCAGCUGCUGUCCAACAAUCAGCCCGCCAGCCAUAGUGGCGUGGUGGUGAACGGCGUGCUGCCGGUGGUAUUGGCGGGCGCGCUGGGCCCUCUGCUGGCCGCCGCGCUCGCCUCCGCCGCCUACCGCCGCGCCCGCCAGCGUCACGGCGCGCCAUCCGAGCCAGAGGAGUCAGAGUCCGUGGCCCGGGAUAAAAGUGACGGUCAGAAGUCUAAAGAAAAAUCAGUUGAACACAUCGAAGUUGUUCUAAAGGAGGGCCUGACGUGCCGCGUGUACUUCGCGCGGCAGUUCGAGCAGCUGCGCCACGCCGUGCUGGCCCCGCCCCCCGCGGCCCCCGCAGCCCCCGUGCCGCCCCGCGCCGCGCCCUGUUCCUGCGACGACAAAAACGUAUGCGACAUUGAGGAGUCGUUCAUACGGUCGAUGGCUCAGUGCGUGCCGUGGGCGGCGCGCGGGGGCAAGUCCGGCUCGACCUUCUGCAAGACUAAAGACGACCGGUUCGUGCUGAAGGAGAUGACGAAGCCCGAGUCGCAGCAGUUCCUGGACUUCGCCCCCCACUACUUCAGCUACGUGGCCGCGUGCCGGGAGGAGCGCCAGCCCAGCCUGCUAGCGCGUAUAGUGGGGGUGUUCAGCGCGUGCGGCGCGGACGUGCUGGUGCUGGAGCACGUGUGGUACGGCUGCGGCCCCGGGGCGCCACGCUACGACCUCAAGGGCUCCUCGCGACACCGCCUGGCGCCGCAGCCCGCGCGGCCCCCGCCGCAGCAUGUACUCAUGGACGAGAACUUGCUCAACUCGCGCUGGGAGCGGCCGCUGUACGUGCAGUCCGCGAGCGGCGCCGCGCUGUGGCGGGCCGUGCGCCGCGACACCGCCCUGCUGGCGCGGCUCGGCGUCAUGGACUACUCGCUGCUGCUCGCCGUGCAGGACGACACGCUGCUGCUGGGCAUCAUCGACUACAUCCGCACGUUCACAUGGGACAAGAAGCUGGAGCACCUGGUGAAGAAGAACCUGGGCUCAGGCCAGCCGACCGUGGUGUCCCCGGACCAGUACCGGAGCCGGUUCUGCGCGGCCGCCAGGAAGUACUUCCUGCACGUUCCCCAGCACUGGGACGUCAUACGCACCCAGAACACGGAUACGUAAUCCGAAUUAUCGAAACAUGUAUGCUGUAGUUAGGACAUUUAAAGUCUAGUGAGGCGCCGAUCGGCGACAUCUAUCAGCCGACCGUGGAAACUUUUUUUUAUUGCUUAGAUGGGUGGACGAGCUCACAGCACACCUGGUAUUAAGUGGUUACUGGAGCCCAUAGACAACUACAUCGUAAAUGCGCCACCCACCUUGAGACAUAAGUUCUAAGGUCUCAGUAUAGUUACAACGGCUGCCUCACCCUUCAAACCGAAACGCAUUACUGCUUCACAUGCUACAUGUAUACUGUAGUUAGGACAUUUAACGUCUAGUGAGGCGCCGAGCGGCGACAUUUAUCAGCCGACCGUGGAAACUACAUAAUUUCUACAAAAACCUAGGAAUCGUUGACCGACUUACUACUUAUAUGCAAAAUCUACCAACGUUCCAGUUUUCCUUUAAAUAGCUUGUCUUAGACGCGCGAUAAUUGUCUCUAGAAUAAAGACAUUAAAGUUACCAAAGACAUUCCAAGAAUUAUAAAUUCGGUUCGCUAUUUAAAAUGUAUAAAAUAUAGAUUUAUUUCUGGUUUUAAUAUAAAUUUUUAUCUCCAACGUUUGGAGACUAGUGUUUUCCCAGUUCCUUGAUUAAUUAUAAAUUAUUUGCUUGUGCGCCCCCUGGCAGCUAGUUACAGUGAGGACAUCAAGUAAACUCUAGUGUGCUUAGUGCGAGUUUUUUAACGUUCCCGAUAGCGUAAAAGUUAACUCAAAUCUGUUUGCAGUUGGAACAGCGCCCCUAGCGGCAAACAUAGGCACACGUUUACGAUAUCGAGAACGGUAAAAAACUCGCACUAAGUACACUGAUUGCACGCGAGGUCAUCGAAGGGUCACUGCGCUCACCCUUUCCCUGAUGUUUAAAACAAAUAAACGUAAUUCAAAAUCAAAAUUUUAUUCAGGCUCAUAAGUUACAAGUUUUUUUCAUUUCGUACCUAUAAUAUUUCAUACAUUAACAUAAACAUUAUACAUACGCCACCGGGUAGGUACGUACGAACACCGCAACGAACAAAAUAUUUGUUUUUGUUUUUUUAAAUCUAAAUAUGUUUUACGAACAUAAUAUUCAUUCAUAUAAUUAAAAAAAAAUAUGUAUGAAAAUUUUAUGUAAAAAAAAAACAAUAAUUUGGGAUUCGUAUCAGGAUAUGAAUUAUCCAAUAUAUAAAAAAAAAUUUAUUUGUUACAUAGAUUUGUGAAAUAUUUAUUUUUAGUUGAAAAAAAACGAUAGUAAUUUGUAAACAAACAGCAGCGAUUAACAUAAUUAAUAAAUCAUUUCAUUACAAAUA